AUGGAUUGUCUCAAUCUUCUAUUAUUGGCCUUCGCAUUCCUCUUCGGACUAGGAGAUUGCCGUUGUGAAUGCCUCAAUAAGAUUGUACUUCUUCAUAGCCUCGAGGAUUUCCGAAUUAUUGCGUCGCCGGAAUACCCAAGACCGUAUUGCGCCAAUGCUGAUUGUUUUUGGAGAAUUGUUGCACCGGACAACUCGUCGAAGGUCUACUUCUACGCCGACAAUUUAGAUUUGCGUGAUGCGGAUGAUCAAAUCAUUUUCUACGACAAAAAGCAUAAUUCGAUAGCUGAUAAUGAGACUGAGUCGCAUAUCUGCACUGGCGAUGAGCUUUGUCCUCUUCUGACGACGCUCAAAACCUACUGCGUUCCGAUUCUCGUGCUCACUCUCAUUCUGCUCGGCGUCUUUGUCUCAAUUGUGUGCUGCAAAAAGAACAAACCGAACCACUCGUAUUUCCAGCGGCAGCAGCUCGGCAUGACCGGCGCCGGCAAGGAUGAGUCCGAUGUGCUCACGUACUCGCAUUAA